CGUGAAGAAAACAUUCACGACAUAGGAAAACAAAAUGGAAACUGUUCAUGAUCAUAGGAAACUAUCUACAAGAUGACAGACAACAACGUAUAAAUCUGAUAAGUUUUUGACCGAACGGUUUCCAGAAUGUGUCUCAUUUUAGGACCACAUGGUGCAGGGAAAACGCUACUACUGAGGAGACUCCAUACUUACCUUAAUAUAAAAGAUCAGGACCCCCCUGGAGUGUCUCCAACGACUAUACCUACUGUGGGAACCAUUCUGGUGAAUGUGAUGGUUACCAAGAAACACGAAGUGGUCAUCAGGGAAAUGGGCGGAGCUAUGAGUCCAAUAUGGCCAAAAUAUACAAAAGGCUGUUCCACUCUAAUGUUUAUGGUGGACAUGUCUAACCGAUUACAAGUGGCCGCAGGAUGUAUCCUGCUUCUGACCACCCUCACGGACCGGUCACUUGUCACAGACAAGAUUCUAAUAUUACUUAACAAGAUUGACCUGCCAACCUGUAUGAGUAGAUUUGAGUUUGAUUCACUGUUCCGUUUGGAUGAUGUGCUACAACACACAAAACUAAAGGUGAGCGUGUUGGAGGUGAGUGCCUACACAGGACAGGGACUGGGCGAGGUGCUGGACUGGCUGUCACACAACACGACAGGAGAUGCCAGCUGAUGUUGCUUUAUCUUAGGUUCUUACCGUAACUAUUGUGUAUUGAAAUAUGUUAUAAUGUAAUGGAUGGUUUGUACAAAAUUAAUGAAACAAUUUCAUGAUGUUUCAGUUGCUUUUUCACCCCCGAGAUCAUCCAAAGAUUCUGUUAUUUAAUUUACAUCUAAAAUUGUCUUUUGUUAAUUGGUUUAUUAUGAAUUAAGAUUUAUUAGACCGCCAUCACUAGAUGUUCAACUCAUGAUUCGUCUAUGUUUUUUAGGCCAAUUUCCAUAAAGCUCAUAUGUAGGUUCCAUUUGGUCUUUUGUUGUGCAUGUUAAAAAUCACCACUCACCACCUAUUAUUUUAAAAGAUAAGUUUGAAAGCAAUUAAUGAAUAUUUCCAAUAUCAUUGGUGGUUUCCCUGUAACUUACAUAUUCAAUAGUUACAUGUACAUUAAUUUUUGUAAAUACACUAUAAAUGUCAAGUGGCAAAUAUGAGGAAAAUAGGAAAGAUCUAUCUUAUCAAGAGCCUAUAAAGAACUUUCAAUGGUGGGAUCUCUUAUUGGUAGAGUUGGGGAGUAGUAUUAUUAACUAAGGUUUUCAAUACUGGGUUUAAUUUAAAUACAUGUAAGCUAGAAAAGGGUGUCAACUUUGACUCAAACUUUGUGACUUUAAUAGUAAUAUUUGCUUUGAAAAGGUAGCAUAUAGAAUAUUGUAUACAUAUAACAUGUUAUACCCGAAGUGUAACAAGGGCCCGAUGGAGGGCCACAACAUACGCCCGCCGCAAUAUUUGACACUUGGAAGGGGGUAGUUUCACAGGUUGUAAUGCUUUAAAAUGAAGCAUCAUUGUUGGAAAGUUGGAAGGAGAUAUUGAUACACAUAAUGGUGUGUAGUCGAAACCGAAGGGCAACUUUAAAUAUAUACGUUGCAAAUAUGGGAAACCUUGGUUUAGACACAACAACACAAAAAUUAGUUCACAUGUUUAUAUACUGAAUAUAUACAUUAAAAGAACCUCUUUGCAAAGAAUCAGCCUCCUAAUACCAUCAUUAAGUGAAUGGUGAGCAAUUACAAAAUCAUCAAAGGGGAAUAACUCUGCAAAUAUGGGGGUAAGGGGCAUGGUUUUGGUAUGCGACACCCCGGCUCAUCAAGAUGUAUAUUUGUGUCAAGUAUGGAGAGCCUGGGUCUAGUAGUAUUGGAGUUAUGGUCCGGACACCAUAUGUGCCCACCAGCCCACCCACCCGAACGCCCGCCCGCCAACAUGAUAACAUAAUACGUCCCGUCUUUCGUCGGGCGUAUAAAAAGGGAAGUCGGACCCCAUUACUGAGCUAAGGCUGUUAAGGUACACAGACGUAAGAUAUCUAUACUUGAUGAUAGAUUUGUUUUCUUUAUAGUGAAUAUCAUCUUGGUUUGAAAAGAAGUUUUAUGGUGAUAAAUAUUAUAUUAGUAGUAUAAGAUUAAGUAUUAAUUAGUAGGAUAUAGGUGUAAUAUACAUAAAUCCAGAUAAUUGAUUUGUAUGAAAAGAAUCUUUUGUUCUCAGGAUGUCAAACUUUAUUGUAUUGUUAGAUUAUUUAUGAGAUGAGUUUAAAGCAGUGCAGUGUAUUAUUAAACUGCUUUGAUCACAUGCAAUUCCAUUGUGUUCAUUCUACUAAUAAAUCAUGUAUAAUUUAUAUUUAUGCCUGCCCACUGAAUGCACCAGGUAACCACAUUGAUCUCUCAAGAUUUCAAUGUCCUUACUCAGUUAUUUAUCAAUAUUUUAGCUUGCCUAUCCAAAGGUGAUGGUGCAGCAUCAUUGUCAAUCUCUAUGUUUGGCUUCAAUUUUUUAAUUUAAGUGUUAACCUGAACAGCCUGAACAACCAAGAGGCACAAGCUCAUUUUUCCAGUAGCUGACUGGGAUUAAGGACUAUCAAAUAAUUGAAAUCUACCAACAUGAUCAUGUGGUUCAAGUGACUUAAAAGCAUUUAACACAAAUUUUCGCUGCAAUCUUAUCUUAGCUUUUAUUGCAUUUGAGGCAUUCUGCUAAAUUAUGAUUGCACGAAUGGUUGUUUUUCUACAUUGCUUUCUAAAGAUAAACAUUGCUUGUGUGCUAAUUGGGAACUGGGGGAAGGGGCUAUAGUUUUGUUUGUUUCUAUCUGUUCAUCUGUCCUUCGGCUCAUGAUCUUGUCCAGGUUCACUCAUGUGAGGCAAUCUAAUGUGUUGUGUCAAAAUUAGGUCACACUUACCUACAUUUUGACCUUUGACCUAUAUCAAAGAAAACUUUGCCUGAGCUGUAUUACAUAUUCACACUGAUGUACUUUAAACAACAUCAAAGAAAAUGUAACAAGCUUGAUUAUUACAAAUUGAUCAUCUAUGCAUUCUUGGUAUAUAAUUUCACAUCAAGUGGGUGACCAAUUGGUUGAAUUGUUUUGUUAAACAUUCCAUUAAUCUAUUUUAAUUUGGCUGUGCGCUAAAAUAUGAAUGCAUCAAAAUGAGUAUGUUAAGUAAGUCAUGUCAGUGAUUUAUAAGGUGUAGAAUUAUAAUUAGUUUAUAUAUUAAGGAUGAUCCUCACACCAUACCGAUGAUUUAUAAGGUGUACAAUAGUAAGUCUAUAUAUCCAGGAUGAUCCCCACACCAUACCGAUGAUUUAUAAGGUGUACAAUAGUAAGUCUAUAUAUCCAGGAUGAUCCCCACACCAUACCUAUGAUUUAUAAGGUGUACAAUAGUAAGUCUAUAUAUCCAGGAUGAUCCCCACACCAUACCUAUGAUUUAUAAGGUGUACAAUAGUAAGUCUAUAUGUUCAGGAUGAUCCCCACACCAUACCGAUGAUUUAUAAGGUUUACAAUAGUAAGUCUUUAUAUCCAGGACGAUCCCCACACCAUACCAAUGAUUUUUUGUAAAAAUGCAAAGCAGACAAAUUAGAGGGAGAUCUCAUAAUAUCACUGUUUCAUUAUGUUAGCAUAAAAAGACAUACCAGAAUGUGAGGGUAUUAAAGCCAGCAAAUUAGAGGGUGAUCCCCUCAUCAUAUCACUGUAUCGGAGGGUAAGGAUAUGACAGUGUAAAACAGACAUAGGAGGAUGACUGACAUUGUAUGGCUCUUUUCUUGUGAUGAUGUAAAUAAAUUAAAUGACAAGAUGACUACAGUCUUCAAUGGAAUUCACCAUAACCCAUUUUGAAGUUGAGAGAAAUGAGCGAUGAAGGCUGAUUGGGUGUAGAGUACUUUUCCUUUGCUGAUUAAUGUUGUCACAUGAUAUCUGUUGUCACAUGAUAUCUGUUGUGCCAAUGUAUGUUAGGUUAAUGAGUAUGCUGUUGUAUUACAUGAUUGAUAGCUGUAUGCAGUUGUGUAAUUGUUAUGUUUUGUUUGCUGUUCAUCAUAAAAAAAUAAUUAUAAUUUGUAUACAUGAAGCCAAAAGGAUAAGUUUUGUCAUGUUGCUUCAUACCCUUGGUGACUUUGUCUUUAAGUCAUAAUGUAGAAAAGGUGAAGAUAUCUACCAUUAAGAUAACAUCACAUUGUGUACAUUUAUAUUGACUCUAAUUACAAUACUGUAUAGUUUAGAAUGCUCUAUUAGUUGGUACUGCAAUUUGAUAGUGUAGGUAAUCUUUACAUCUCAAAGCUAUGAUUAUCAUGUCCUAAUGGUCGCGCUAUGAAUUCCAUUUAAAGUCUUUUAAAAAAAAAGCAUAUUUAAUUAUUUUUAGUUGGUUCUUCUUUGGGUUAAAAACUCCAUCAAUAUUGAUGGUUAUAUCCUAUUGAUAUUAAUAUAGUGGCAUUGCCAUCCAAGCAUAUACAUAUAAAGUAUAUAAGAAGGCUGAGAAUUAUGAAAAAAAAGAAGUGUCCUGCUUUUAGACUAGGAAGUUUUGCCUCAUCCCUUUGGAAUUUAGUCCAGGGUUAUAUAAUGGAAUUUGUUUUAUCUUUAUUUAUUGUUUAUGCCCGUAUACGACUUAGUUGGGGGUAUGCAGCUGUUCUAGCCUGAUUCUAUCUGGCCAGCCAGCUGUUGCAGCAAUAAAAGUUCCUAUUUAGGUCUAUUUAGCAAGUUUUUUAGGCCUAAAUUAAAUGCUAAACAAUGCUAAUUUCUAGCAUUUAUAUCACUUUGAGGUCUUUGGGACUUGUAAUGUACCAAUGUAGGUAAAAACUGUUGAGAUCACUGAACUAACAGCUUCCAAGGUAAGGGAUCCAUGCCCAUCAGGCAUCUUGGUUUAGAUCAAAUUCAAGUUACCAGAAAAACCCUUGAUACCUUGGUUCAUACUUGUGAUAUCUUGGUUAACGUCUGCGAUACCUGGGUUCAUGCCUAUGAUGCAUUGGUUCAUGCCUGUGAUACAUUGGUUCAUGCCCGUCAUACCUGGGUUCACAUUUGUGAGACCUCGGUUCAUGCUUGAGAUGCCUUGGUUCACAUCUGAUUGUUGGGUUCACGUCUGUGAAACCUGAGUUCUAAAAUUGUGAUAACUCAUGGUUUAUGUCUGCAAUACCUUGGUUCACAUCUGUGAUACCUGGGUUCAUACCUGUGAUACCUGGGUUCAUGCCGGUGAUACCUGGGUUCAUGUUGGUGAUACCUUGGGUCACAUCUGAUACUUUGGUCCAUGCCAGUGAUACCUGUUUUUCUACAAGGUACAUUUUACAUAAAAUUUGAUGUGUUCAAGAAGGUUUCCUGUUAUAUCUGGUUUGGUCAUUCUGGUCAUGCCAGUUAGACAUCUCUUGUUUCCAUAGACACCAUGAAUACCAUGAAUGUUGGUACACAAUUGAUAUUAGAUGUUAUACAGUAUACUGCGUAGAUGUAGGAUAAAGGCCAGUCGAAUAUUUCCUAAUGAACUCACAUUUUUCAAUGUAUAAUUUGCCUACACAUUCUUAGUAAAUAUGUAUAUUAUGUCCAAAAUGGGAAGGGGAUACUGUAGUGUUCUUCUGUCAAUCUACCCCACUUUACAGCAUAUCUUGACAUCUGUUAGGUUGAUUCAGUGUUCAGGAUUGUCUUCACACUUCCUUACCUGUACGUGUCUUCACACUUCCUUACCUGUACGUGUCUUCACACUUCCUUACCUGUACGUGUCUUCACACUUCCUUACCUGUACGUGUCUUCACACUUCUUACCUGUACGUGUCUUCACACUUCUUACCUGUACGUGUCUUCACACUUCCUUACCUGUACGUGUCUUCACACUUCCUUACCUGUAAGUGUCUUCACAUUUCCUUAUCUUUACAUGUCUUCACACUUCCUUACCUGUACGUGUCUUCACACUUCCUUACCUGUACGUGUCUUCACACUUCUUACCUGUACGUGUCUUCACACUUCCUUACCUGUACGUGUCUUCACACUUCCUUACCUGUACGUGUCUUCACACUUCCUUACCUGUACGUGUCUUCACACUUCCUUACCUGUACGUGUCUUCACACUUUCUUCCCUCUACGUCUCUACCACAGCUUAAUUGCUACAUUGACACACAUAUACACUAAUCUGGAGGAAUAGUAUCAUUUAGCAUUGUCACGUUACAUAUAAAUACAUGUCUAGUUCUGUUUUUCCUAGAUGUUAAUCAUUUCAUGUGCUUACAUGUGUGUGUGUGUGUGUCGGCAUGUGAGUACAAAGAUUACAUAUCAAACUUGUGAUGUACAAAUCAUUUUGAUCAGUGAUUAUUUUUUUAAUGAAAAGAUUAUCACACUUCAUGCUUUAAUUUUUAUAUUGAAAUUGUGCAUAAUAUUUACUUUUAUAAAAAGUCUAGUUUUGUACUUUGGAUGUAGUACCAAUAUGUUGUCAUUAACACAUUGUAACACAGCAUGUUACUAUGUAUUUAUCAGCUGCCAUGAAUAUUUAACAGGAAUAUUUUUUUGAACUGAUUGGACUAUGAUAGUUUAACUAGAAUCUAUAAUUUCAUUUAGGUGUCUCAGAAGGUGAGGCCGCGGUGGCCGAGUGGUUAAGGUGUACCUGACACUUUAACACUAGCCCUCCACCUCUGGGUUGCGAGUUCGAAACCUACGUUGGGCAGUUGCCAGGUACUGACUGUAGGCCGGUGGUUUUUCUCCGGGUACUCCAGCUUUCCUCCACCUCAAAACCUGGCACGUCCUUAAAUGACCCUGGCUGUUAAUAGGACGUUAAACAAAACAAACCAAAGUCUCAGAAGGUGUUUCUAUUUUUAGACAUUAUCAGAGACCUGCUUCAAUUCAGAAUAAGAAAAAAGAUCAUAGAAUGUACGUGGUUUCCUGAAUAAAAUAAUUCUCCUUUCUUCUGAAGAGGAUUGGAAUACACCUUGAUUAUAACACUGCAUUCUGCUCAGUCAUCCAAACUUACAUCGAACAGUAAUUUGGAAGAAACCAGUUUCUAUCUGAGACCUUCAUAGAUUUUGUCAAAAUUGAGUUAGAUCCUUGAUAGAUGGAAAACCCAUUAACCAGUAUCUGCCAGAUAGCUCAAACAUUAAAACAAUGUCACUGAUAGUUGGCAGAUAAUUUUAUCACAUUCCAUGUCUAUUGCAGUUACAUCAAAAAAAAAAAAGAGCUGACAUUCUUUGAAUUGUUUAAUUAAGGCCUUGAAAUGGCCUUUUGACGAGAUCUGUAUGCCCCCAAUAUCCGAUUCAAAUCUAUUACAGCUUCCUGGAAAUUCUUGGUCUAUAGAUAUUGUGUACUUUGCCAAACACUUGCCAAAAGAGUUGUAAAAUAUGGAUAUGUUUGUGUGUAAAACUGUAGUAGAUGGUGUCAUUCAUUUAGUUAGCCCAAGUUUUCUCUGGCCCUGUCACCAUGUCAUGGUGAAAGGGCCAGAGGAAACUCGGGCUAUCAUUUAGUAAACUUGCUGCCAUUAACAUUUAUUGGUAAAAUGUGUUCAGGUUGUGAACAUUGAAUUGUGAUCAUGCUGCUCUUUUUGAAUGUGUUAAGUAUUGGUUGGAACCGAGUUAAUUCUGUGAUAUUCUUGAUUAAAUUAUGUCAAUCACCAAGACAA